AUGGAAGCAACUAAUGAAACAAGACGAUUCCAACGACAAUUAACAAAUAUUAAUGCAGAAACACAUACUCAUACAACCGGUGGUAAUCAGUCGACGUCGAGCGAUACUCAAAAUACAGGAUUAUCAACUAGUAAACAUAGUACAAUAGCUGCUCUGACACUAUCAACAGCUCCGAAACCUAGUAUACUUGUAGCAACACCUGGUGCUGGAAAUUCUAAUUCAUUGCCUGGUCAUCAAUCGGGUCGAACAAAACACAGCGGUCAAUUAUUAGAUCAACAAGCAUUAAACUUAUCAGAUAGUUUCAAUACUAGUAGUAAUGUAGCUGAUCGUAAUGCAAAUAGUUCGCCACCAUCAUCCACUUUGUCCCGCAAAAAGAAUCUAUCAACAUCUGAUCUUGAUCCAUUCGAACGUAAAAAACAAGCAGCACUAACAAAAGUUGAAACAAAAUUAGAUAAAGCGCAACGUCUGCAUCAAAAAGCUCAACAAAGUGUUGAACAAGAAAUAUCUGAUUUUCUUCGUGCUACAACAAUACCGAAUACAAAUAAUGAAGCAACUUCUUGUCGUACAGCCAAUGCUACAUUCGAUAAACGUAUUCGAACGUUACAAGAUACAAAAAAAGAACUAGAAAAAAAAAUUGCUAAUUAUCAAUCAGAUAUUUUACGCAUUCAAGCGGGUGAAAUACCAUAUAAUUACGCGUCGUCAAAAGAUAUACUAAGUAAUAUCAAAAGUACAGCAGUUAAAGUUGCUAGUGGAAGUCUAAAAAUUCGAUCACCACAUAAUGCUGAUCAAACAUCAACUAUUUCAACAUCAAGUGCAAAUGAACAAGUACCUAGUUUUUAUCAUCCAGAAUCGGAUUACCAUAAUCCAAACAUAUCAAUAACAUUACUAACACCAUCUCCACAACCAGCAACACUGCCAUCAGCCACUACAAGUGGAUCAACGAAUAAUAAUCAAAAUUUAUCAGUACAAAAUCAAUUCAGCGGUACAUUUGAACCUUCGCAUUCGUCUGUAUCCAGUUCGGUAUCAAAUGAAAUUGGAAAUUCUCAAUUUUAUAUUGAUGUAAAUUAUGACCAUGUUCAUGACAGUGACAAAUCAAACCGAAAACAUGAUACAAACAUUCCAGUCGAUGGAUCAACUCUACAUGACAAUGAUAAAUCCCCUACAAGCAAACGACGUUUUACCGAUGACUCAACCGUUGAAAAUAAUGAUCGAAUAUCAGAUCAUUCUGUCGACGAUCGUUGUACUAGUACUACAUCAAAACGAAAUACACCAACAACAACAACUGUGGAAUGCCAACAGUUAAAUACUAAACUUGAUUCAAUGCAAAAACUCAUUGAACGAUAUGAAUCAAAACUGAACGAAAUGCAAAAACAAAUUGAUUCAUUAGUAUCAUCAAAUGAAGCUCAAGGUGAACAAAACGAACGCUUAAACAAUGACCUGACAGAUUUAACUGAUUUACAUCAAAUUGAAAUGUCAUCAAUGAAAACAGAUUUGAAAAAUUUAGAAGAUCGACUAUUAUAUAAAUUUAAUGAUUACUGGAAUGAAUUACUUGACAAAUUAGAUAAACUUGAUACAAGGACUGCAAAAGUCGAACAGAUCCAAACACAUUCACUUGAAACAGAAGAAAAUACACAUAGAAUUAUAAGUAAACUUGUCAAUAUUGUAUUGACAGUGUUUGCUAUUAUUCUCCUGUUGUUAUCAACAAUAAAAAAUCUUGUUCAAUCGCGUGUCCAUGCCAUGACUUUGUUGAUUCUCGUCAUUGCUUGGAUAACAUUUCAUUAUUUGCCGCCAAAUUAUUUCCAAACAUCUUUUUUAAAAAACUUUCCAAAUUCGUUCAAACGAGCGUCAUGA